AUGGGGGCUUUACAAAGUGCGGUGAGGGAAGACCAUAGAACUGUCACUGAGUAUCCCAUCAACCAAGGUGCGGAUGUGAAGCAGGCGACUCCAUAUGGGCGAACAUCAAUCGUACGUCAUAAAGCGACUAAAGUUAUACCCAUCCAUGGAGCUAAUGUUGUAAGAAAAGACAAGGACGGCUACUCUGCAUUGCACAGUGCUGCUCAGAAGGGUCAUCUUGAUGUCACCAAACAGCUCAUCAGUAAAGGAGCUGAGGUGGAUAAGGGAGAUAAUGAGGGUAGGACUGCAUUACAAAUUGCUGCUUUCAUUGGUCAUCUUGAUGUCACCAAAUAUCUCAUCGGUCAAGGAGCAGAGGUUAAUAAUGGAGAUAAUGAGGCUGAGGUAGAUAAGGGAGAUAAUGAGGGUAGGACUGCUUUACACAGUGCUGCUCAGGAGGGUCAUCUUGAUGUCAACCAAUAUCUCAUCGGUAAAGGAGCUGAGGUAGAUAAGGGAGAUAAUGAGGGUAGGACUGCUUUACACAGUGCUACUCAGGAGGGUCAUCUUGAAGUCACCAAAUAUCUCAUCGGUAAAGGAGCUGAGAUGGAUAAGGGAGAUAAUGAGGCUGAGGUGAAUAAGGGAUUAAUUGAGGGUUGGACUCCAUUACACAGUGCUGCUUGCAAUGGUCAUAUUAAUGUCACCAAAUGUCUCAUCGGUAACGGAGCUGAGGUGAAUAAGGGAGAUAAUGAGGGUAGGACGGCAUUACAAAGUGCUGCUUUCAAUGAUCAUCCUGAGGUCACAAAAUAUCUCAUCGGUCAAGGAGCUGAGGUGAAUAAGGAAGAUAAUAAGGGCAGAACUGCAUUACGCGGUGCUUCUCAGAAGGGCUAUCUUGAUGUCACCAAACAUCUCAUCGGUAACGGAGCUAAGGUGAAUUAUGGAGAUAAUGAGGGUAGGACUGCGUUACACGGUGCUGCUUCCCAGGGUCAUCUUGAUGUCAACAAAUAUCUCAUCGGUGCAGGAGCUGAGGUGAAUAAGGCAGACAUUAAGACUGAUGUAAAUAAGGGAGAUAUUGAGGGUUGGACUGCAUUCAAAAGUGCUGCUCAUGAGGGUCAUCUUGAUGUCACCAAGUAUCUCAUCGGUAAAAGAGCUGAGGUGAAUAAGGGAGAUAAUGAGGGCAGGACUGCAUUACAUAGUGCUGCUCAAGGGGGUUAUCUUGAUGUCACCAAAUAUCUCAUCGGUCAAGGAGCUGAGGUUAAUAAUGGAGAUAAUGAGGGUAAGGCUGCAUUACCCAGUGCUGCUUCCAAUGGUCGUCUUGAUGUCACCAAAUAUCUCAUCGCUCAAAGAGCUGAGCUCGCCCAGAAUGAUUCAUCUGAAAUCCAUCUCGCCAUCCAACACGGUCAUACCUCCGUCAUUGAGAAGUUAGUUUCUGAGGGAGCUGAUCUCAAUGUCCAGUCAACUGAUGGUCAGACAUGUCUCCACAAAGCCAUUAAGCUCUGCUAUAAGACCGAUAGAAUAGUGCAGGAAACCAAUACACUAAAAAAAAUCUCUGAUGAAUAUUACACGGGUGAACUAUCUCCUGAAAGGGCCUUAGUGUUGUAUCUCUUAGAGAAUGGAGCCAAGCUAGAUGUGAAGGAUGAGACAGGCAACCUACCAAUCCAGUAUGCCAAGGACGAAGUGCUCAAACAGAUGAUUUUAUGGAGAUUGGCUUCAUUAGAUGAGAUCCCGUCUUUUCGAGAUGAACCAUCAACACCUACCAUCGUCUCUGCUGAAGUCGAAAGACAUAUCAGACAAGAAAUUGAACUAGAAGGCCUUGGCGUAUCAAUGUUGAUUCCUCCGGAGGCUGUUCAUCAGAGUGACCCGUGCAGGAUCACUUUAGCCCUCUUACGAGACCCUCCACGUGAUGACAUCCAAGAUGAUGAAUCAGUGGCCUGCUACGGGAUAAGAUGCGAUCCUCCUAACAUGAUCUUUCACAAACCUGUUAAGAUAAGGAUACCACACUCUACCUUAGCCAUCAACCCUGAUCAAGUUAAACCAUACAUCGUUUCCAAAGUAUGGGAUUCAGUAAACGAUCUACCAAAAACAUCAAGAAACAGAUCAUCCAGCUCACCAUCCAAACUACCAUACUGCAGAAUGUACGAGGAGCAUCUUGAGCUGUAUAUUGGUCACUGUGCUGAGUGGUGGGUUCUUAUUCCUCUUGAACAGCAGGUGAUCCGACACCAACUUAUGUGCACUCCAUACAUCCCAGAAACCGUAGAAAGAGGCAAAAAGAUUGAAGUUCAUCUCCACAUACAUGCCGAUGUUCCUGGCAUAGAUACGGAAGUUCUACAUGAUGAGAAGCAUCAGUCGUACCGCAAGGCCCAUCAUUCGGUCCCGUUUAGCAUCAUAUCUAAUUCAGGUGACGUCACAGUGGCACGUGAUUGUGAGGGGAGGAUAGCAGAAACUAAGCUGAUAUCUCUGAAGAAAAUUCACCAUCCAAUGAGACAUAAUGUAGUGUUGAAAGUGCCCCCGAGUGAGGACGAUACUCCAUAUGACGUGAUAACCAUCACACUUACACAGUCUGGGAACCAAGGGAUGUCUCGAUCAAUGACAUUCAGUAUAAGAUACGAAGAUCAAACCAAGAGUCCUGAAUUUACUCCAGUUAUCCGCUCAGCUGGAGCAAAGCGGAGAGUUCGCUAUCUGACCAAGACGAGAGCCAGCGUCGAAGUGACGAAAUCCGUGCUCGAUACCGCAAUUUAUAGCAUCUGA